GGGAGACCUCCACUUGGGAGACCUCCAUUUGGGGGUCUCCAUUCGCGGCACAUAAAUUCAUCCUGUAUAAUGGCGGUCGAACGAAAUGGUGGCGCUGUUCCGCAAUUUGGCGGACCCCAUAAGAGUGCAAGCAUAGCAGCGGGGAGUUGGACCAUCCCUUUUGGAGAAGUAAUCCUGGAGAGUAGCUAAGCGGGGAUACAUACACCGGGAAAAAAAAAAAAUAAAAAUAAACAGCCUAGCGCUUACCUGAUCGCUUACCAAGUUGGCUCGUCCCUCAUCCCUUUUUUUUUCCUGUGCAUAACGUAGGAGCGAAUUACCCGUCGAGGAGAAAAAACUCUUUCUCAGAAAGAGCCGAUUGGAGUGAUCGCAAAAUUGAUAUGAACUAUUUAGGUGAAAUUUCCCGCCAUCGUUAGGCCAGCCAGCUAAGCCGCCACCUGCUACGCAGGGCGUGCAUGUUAGAUGGCAACACUUUUUUACAAACCAAAAGAUACGUGUCGGUGCUAGCGAACGAGUUGAGGAGUGGGCACAUAUUCCUCCACAAUGACAAAUAUUGCGAGGUGACUGAACAGAGGCAGGUCAAGCAGGGCCGACUAGCCACAACGAACAUGCUAAAUUCGGUCCGUUUCCCUCCCCCACGCAGAUCUCCUUCAUCGACCUGAGCACGUUAAAGAGCUCCUCAGUCAAGUUCGCGUGCCAGGCGAAGGUGGAAAAAAUUGAACCGGUCAAAACAAACGUGCAGAUACAGUACACGGACAAGCAAAAAAACAUAGUCGUAUGCUUGGAUGAAAAUUAUGAAGACAUAGAAAUACCCAUGAAUAUUUUUGGCAUUUCGGAGGAGUACCUGGAGCCUGGUUUGCAAAUAACGGUGUUUAAGCACGAGGACAAAAUUGUGAAGGUUAAUUUGCCUUCAUCCCUGCUGGCCAUAUUGCGGAAGAAAUAAAUGCUU